AUGAAAAAGGGGGUCAAACUCACUGUCUACCAUGGGACGGCGACAUCGUUAAGACGAUAUUCACAUAUUCAAACAGAAGGGAGAGUACUUAUCAAAUCAAAUAUGAACCGCACCCGACAUAGUGUAGGCUCUGAGCCAUUGAGGCACCGCUUCAGCAUAGCCUCGCUACGAGGCAUCCAGCAGCCUGAGUUGAGCAAGGAGCUGUUCAAGGUGAUCAAGACCGAAGGCCAUGCUGUCAACUCAUACAAGAAUGCAGGCCAGGACCGUGUGCUGGCGGCCUCACAGCUGUCAAACUGGGGUUUCAACACAGGAGACCCGGCAGUCUCUGAUAUAUCAGACAAGCUGGGGAUCAUUUUGUCUGAAAUCGGCGAGCAGGAAGACCUAUACUCAUAUAACCUGGAGGACGCAAGAUGUGUCCUGAAACAUAUCAGGAACACGGAGGGUUCUGUCCAGCCUGCAAGGGAUCACAAGGCGAAGAUUAUCGAUGAAAUCCACAAGCAUAAGCUCCGUGACCCGGAUGGUGCAAAAGUCACUGGCCUAGAACAGGAGCUUGUCCGAGCUGAGGCUCGCGCUCUAGUUGCAGAGGCCCAGUUGACCAACAUGACUCGUCAAAAGUUCAAGCAGGCCUUUGACCUACAUUUGGCUGCGACCAUCGAGCGGGCCGAGAAACAGGCCCAGCUUGCCCGUCACGGCCGCCGUCUCCUUGCUCUCAUCGACGAUACCCCCGUCGUCCCGGGGGAAGGUAGGGAGAAAUUUGACCGCCUUGAAGACAGCCGUCAGAUAAUGGAAGAUGCUGAGGCAGAUCUCACGUCGUGGGAGCCUAACCUCGAGCCAGUCCCCAUGGCCUCCGAAGGGCUCAUCCCCAAGAAGAUUGAGGUUCAUACGAACGGAAACGGCGUCAAUGGAAGCGGAGUUAAUGGCAAGGCAGUAGAGGAGAGCGAGAUCUAG